GGGGGUAGUCCCCGCCCCCCGGAUGCGGAGACAGUGACGGCCCGGAGAGUGGAGGAGGUUGGAGGUGGAUUCGGAUCUAUGCAGUCAGGGAGCAGCCAGCCGGCCGCAGCGCUCAAAAUGCCGAAGAAGAAGCCGGUCCCGAUCCAGCUCAACCCCACCCCGGACGGCACGGCGGUCAACGGGACCCCCCUUCCAGAGACAAAUCUCGAAGCUCUUCAGAAGAAGUUGGAGGAGCUGGAACUGGAUGAGCAGCAGAGGAAGCGCCUGGAGGUUUUUCUUACCCAGAAGCAGAAAGUUGGGGAGCUGAGAGAUGACGACUUUGAGAAAGUUUCUGAACUUGGAGCCGGUAACGGUGGCGUGGUCUUCAAGGUUUCACACAAGCCCACCAGCUUAAUCAUGGCUAGAAAGCUGAUUCACCUGGAGAUAAAACCGGCAAUCAGGAGCCAGAUUAUCCGAGAACUGCAGGUUUUACAUGAGUGCAACUCCCCUUACAUUGUGGGCUUUUAUGGCGCUUUCUACAGUGAUGGAGAGAUCAGUAUCUGCAUGGAGCAUAUGGAUGGCGGUUCACUGGAUCAGGUGUUGAAGAAAGCGGGAAAAAUCCCAGAGAAAAUUUUGGGGAAAGUCAGCAUUGCAGUAAUUAAAGGGCUGACCUACCUGCGGGAGAAACAUAAGAUCAUGCACCGAGACGUGAAGCCGUCCAAUAUCCUGGUGAACUCCAGAGGUGAAAUCAAACUCUGCGACUUCGGGGUCAGCGGACAGCUCAUCGACUCGAUGGCCAACUCCUUUGUGGGGACGAGAUCCUACAUGUCUCCGGAGCGGCUGCAGGGCACACACUACUCGGUGCAAUCCGAUAUCUGGAGUAUGGGGCUCUCGCUGGUGGAGAUGGCCAUCGGGCGAUAUCCAAUUCCUCCUCCUGACGCAAAGGAGCUAGAAAUGAUGUUCGGCUGUUCCGUAGAGGGCGAUCCGGCAAUAUCUGAACUGCCCCCCCGCCCCAGACCACCGGGACGUCCUAUCAGCUCUUAUGGCCCGGACAGCCGCCCUCCCAUGGCCAUCUUCGAGUUACUGGAUUAUAUUGUGAACGAGCCCCCUCCUAAGUUACCCAUGGGAGUGUUUGGAGCGGAAUUCCAGGACUUUGUGAAUAAAUGCCUGGUGAAGAACCCAGCAGAGAGGGCGGACCUCAAACAGCUCAUGGUUCACAGUUUUAUUAAAACGGCCGAAUUGGAGGAAGUGGAUUUCGCCGGCUGGCUCUGCUCUACCAUGGGCCUGAAACAGCCCAGCACCCCGACGCACGCCGCAGGGGUGUGAGGUGGAGGAGGAGAAGACGAGAAGCUGGUCCAGGCAGAGAGCCACCGCUGACGUAUCCUGCUCCUGCCACCCUGCAGGAUGGGAUCUCUGCAGAACGUGCCAAAAAUAAACGGUUUCUUUUCAUUCUCAUUAACCCCCCCCUUCAUUCAAGGAAGGGCCUGCAGGGCACGGGUCAAGAUAUCUCCCAGUGUCUCUCGUGGGCUUCACCUGCAGUAAGAUCCCUGCUUUUUACCCCCUUCCCCCUCCCCCUCCAUGAUGCUUUGUGGUACCUGUGAGGCUUUCAGUAAAAA